ACGAAUGUUUUUAAUCAGCGUUGACCUCUCACCCUAAAUUUCUAAAUAUUUGCAAUGCAAAUUUUACAUAACAUUCCGCAAUCAACUUAAAUUCGAAUCACUUUCGCAAUCGACUUAGUCUAGGUUUAUUGAAAUGUGUUCGCUGACUCCGAUCACUUUGCUGUUUAUUAUUACAAGCGGCCUAUUAGUCGUAAAAGCGGGCGAUAAGUCUCCCAAAUUUAUUAUAGUUGGAGCUGGUGCUUCGGGAAUUUCUGCCGCUGCCAGACUGCUUGAAAAUGGUUACAAUGACGUUGUUAUACUAGAAGCGCUAGAUCGUAUCGGUGGAAGAGUUCACAGCAUUCCAUUCGGGAAAGGUUUCAUAGAUUUAGGUGCACAAUGGUGUUCAGGACAACAGGGAAACGUUGUGUAUGAAUUGGUAAAUGAACAUUUUGAAUUUGGUGAUAAUGCCAUCAGGAACGACAAUAUGCAUUGCUAUGUUUCGGACGGAAAAUUAGUUGAACAAAAAAAGUUCGCCAAACUAAUUGAUUUGUCUGAAACAAUUGCAUUUGAUUUCGAAAACAUGAAAAUAUUCAAUGGAUCGCUUGGUGAAUUUUUCGAAACCAAUUACCGCAUCCGCAUUCAGGAUAAGGAAUUCGAAGAUGUGGAUCAGGAGCUGUCAGAUCAGAUUGUAGAUUUGAUUGAGAAAAGAGUGAAUUCACUGUAUGCAAGCGAUAGCUGGUACGAUCUUUCUUCUCAACUUAAUGCAUUUCAAGAUGAUGCAACGGGAAAUCAACAACUUACGUGGAAGGAACAUGGCUACAUAACUGCAUUUGACUUCUUAACUAAAAAACGGCCAGAUCCAUCCAAAUCCUUACCUAUUGACGAAAAAAUCCAAUUUAACAAAGAAGUGACAAAUAUCAAUUGGACUUUAAAUGAAGUGGUCGUCGGUUGUGCGGACGGUUCAGAGUACCGAGCUGAUCACGUGAUUGUCACAGUAUCGCUGGGAUUCCUUAAGAAGCAUCAUCGCACACUUUUCACUCCACAAUUACCCGAGAAGAAAAUCAAUGCCACAGAGCACACCGGAUACGGUACGUUGGGAAAGUUCUUCUUGGAAUUCCAAGAACCAUUCUGGCCUACGGACUUUGACAACUGGUCGGCAUACACAUUUUUAUGGAAGCAAGAGGACAAAGACAAACUCAUCGGCACCGAAAGAGAAUGGGUGACAGAAAUAAAUUCUUUGAUCAGAGAAGAUGCACAGCCUAAUCUAUUAGGCGGACUCAUAGCUGGCAAGCACAUAAAACAAUUUGAAGAAAUCAGCGACGAACAGUUAAUCGAUGAUUGUGUGUGGUUGAUGCAGACGUUUCUGGGGCCAACCAUCCCGCGUCCGAUAAAUAUGCGCCGAAAUCGUUGGCUGUCGAACAAAUAUUUCUUCGGAACAUAUUCCUAUGCAUCGAUGGAUACGGAAACACAUAAUGUAACUUUUGGUAAAGAUUUGGCCGAGACGCUCUACAGUUCGUCCAACAAACCAGCUGUGUUGAUUGCUGGUGAAGCAACCGAAGAAGUUAAUUCAGGCUAUGUCCAUGGAGCAGUCGCAUCCGGUUGGCGAGCUGCUAACGAAAUUUUAGAUUAUUACAAAUCCGUUCAGCAACACUGAUGAUAGUCUAUUAAAGGUAUACAAUCAGAGUAAAAGUAAUCUGUCUAAUUUUCGAACUAUCGCCAGCUCCUGUUCGAGAUUUGUUUGAGAUUUCUAAUUGUUAUGUUGCUGAUCUGGUAAUAUUACGUUGAAAUAAAAAGAGGGAUUCUUUUGAAAAACA